AUGGCGGCUCGCGGCUCGCGCUCCCCUGCUGCCGCUGCUGCUGCUACGGCAAAGAGGAACUAUGGCAGCCCCAUCCGGUCGAGUCCCGAACGACACUCCUUUUCCGAUUACCUGAACGAGGACCGCAAUUCCGAACUGAGCCAUCGUGAGGCCCUCGAGAAUGCCAGACUCGAGCAUGAGCGGGUGAGGCUGAAUGCCCUUCGAAUCGGCAAGCUCCACCAACUGCAGGAAGAGCAGCGCCGCGCAGAGGACGACCGACGUCGGAUCGCCGAGGAAGCACAGCGGCUCAGGGCGCUGCAGCUGAGAGAGCAGGAGAGGCUGAAGGAGGAGGAGAGGGUACGGGCAGAGCAACAAAAGCUGCGCGACUUGCAAGCCCAAAAGGUUCCAGAGCUUCCGCCUCAGCCGAAACCGCAACCACCGCCAGCGGUCAAGCCGCCAGCUGCACCGGCGGUCAACGGUGCCGAUGCCGUCGUGAAGAAGGAAGAGUCGCCGGCAGCCACGACACAGCCAGCACCGACGACGACACCUCAGACGGGCUUGCUCAAGACGCCUUCACCCUUUGCGCCUGUGCAGAAGCCAGCACAAACGACUCCCGCUCCUGGAGCGACGCCGCAACUCAAUGGCGCCCAAGCUGCUGCGGCGGCGCCGGCGGCCGUCGCCAACGCAGCUGCACCUGCUGUGGCAGGUCUUUCCACCUCGGACCGAUACGCACAAAUUCAUCAGGAGCUGAAGAAGCUCCGCAAAGAGCUUGACAAACAGUCCAAAGUUGCUGGCUCGCCCCUGAAGGGUAAACUCGGAGACAUGCGUCGUCAAGCACGCAAGGCAAUGGGUCAGCUCACAGCCGGCAAGGGCGCCAACGCGAAGCCGAUCAACACAAUCGUCGCAACCUUGAAAGAGUCGCUCGACGGCUCGGUGCCGAGUUAUCUGGUCGACGGAUCGAUUUUCGUGGCCGAUUCACGAGACCCCGUUGAGGGUGCAGUGCACAAUGGCCCGCAGCUGCCAGCCGUAUUCAUCUACCUCCUGAGCCACUUGUCAAAGGCCAUGAUUCACCAGUUUGCGAGCGAGGUCGGCGCCAACCCGAAAUCGGCGGAGCCCAUUGGCAUCGUGGCAGCGCAUCUGUUCUCGAAUCCCGACUUUCACUGGCGCGGCAAGUCCAUGAUCGACAUUCUGAUCGCCAAGUUCCGGGUCGCUUGCCCCGUUCUUUUCGGCGCUCGCGGCAACGAUCGAACCGAGGCGGGUCGCCUGGCGGUCGGCUGGAGGAGGGAGGACGGCCGCUGGAUCUCAGAACAGGCACACUCGGACCGUAUGACAGGACUGGGCGCCGGCUUUGCGUCCAUAUCGCUGCGCGACUUUAGCAAGGCGUCCAAGAAGAACCCGUACCCGCCGAGUCACUACUGGACGGCCAUGGCCAAGAUCGUCAACUCGCCUCCGGCCCUCAUCUCGAACACGCAAUACACGGUGCUCAAGGCCAUGAUUGACGGGCACGAGACGCGUUUUCUGCAAUUUUACGGCAACGCGGCCAUCGAGGCCCUGCGUACGGCUCUGGUCGAGUUUCCCAAGAAGGCACCCGCCACGAGCCACACGGCGCAGGCGCUGCAAGUCUUGGGACAGGUCCUGCAGCGGGAUUCGGGUCUCGCUCUGGCCUGA